AUGAUUUACUUUGCACAAACAAUGUCUUCAUUUACAUGUUGUACAAUAAAUGAAUUAUGCGAUCAUGUUGAUUUUUCAUCAUAUUCAACAUUACUUGAUAUCGGUGAUUCAUUAGGUGAGCUUAGUCGAAAAAUUGUUAAACGAUAUCCACAUAUUAAUGCAUUAAGUCUUGAUUUACCUAAAGUGACUUGUUAUGCUUUAUCAUGA